CUUCGGUCAAUCGGCGGAAUGGCCGAACGAGAACGCUGAGCACGGAAGAGAUGGAGAGCUUUGCAGACGAUAGAAUAGAAAAAAGGGACCUAAUCAUGGGCAGCAAGAUGUGGAUUAGGGUAGGUUUCGGGACGAGCAUGAGAGAUCGACGAAGAAGAGAGAGGACCGGUGCCAACCGGUGCUCGAGACCCGUUGUUGCCUGUUAGCGGGAAUUGACGAGCCCUGGCCCCUGGCUGGCUGGCUGGGUCCGUGGAUCGAUGAAGGGGGGACUCGUAUUCCUUCCAUCCUUCGUCGAGAGAGGGGAAAAAACGGAGUGCUAGAGAAAUGGAGUGCACAAUGCUGCAGAGAGUGACAUGCCUCGUUGGGUAGUGAGAAGCGAGGCGAAAACGCGAGAGAGCGAGCCCCGUUGAAAACACGACAAACACACGACAGACGGUCAGACCAGACCCAUGGAUGUGUCUCGAGGAUCACUGUGUUGAUUCACGGCAAAGGUGGUGCUGGUGUGUUGGUGGUGUAUUGCGCGAGAGAUAGAGUAGUGGCAGUGGUAGUAGGACAAGGGACGCACGGCGUCGCAGGUGAAGGACGAGGAGCAAAGACGGAGGGCAGGAGGGUCUGCGGACCCAGUGAGGAGAAAAGGAAGCUCGGUGAGUGGAGGAACUGGAAGCGAGCGAGGCAGGCAGGGAGGGCUGGAACGAAGGGCCGCUGGUGUACGCGGGCGAGAUUGCUAGUCCGUCUGAUGAGGCGUUGGCCCAAGCAAGUGACGAAAAUCGAUCGGGAUACACUUUUCGAGAAAUUUUCGAAGGUUAGGCGCGCGGAUUGUCGGGCACUCGGACAGGAGAAUUGACGGUGUGGUUAGGGAAAUUGGAUCGGGUGCUGAUACGUACUGGCGUGGCAGCCGAUGUGGGUGGGUGACUCCACCGAGUGGACUGUGAAGGCAGUGCAGAGCAGGGUUCUGGUCAUUGGUGGAAACAGUAAUGAGAUGCGAGGUUAGGACAAAUUUUAAAUUGCCGCGUGAUGUUAGAUUGUGCUUUGGUCUAGUCCGCGUCGACAUCGGAGCACAAUUGAAGGGAUGGUUCUUGCUUAAUGCAGCGGAGGAGCCGUAGGAGUGGUGUAGGUGGAAGAAGGACAAGUAGCAGAGUAGAAAAAGUGGAAGUGGAGUGUGGUGUAGAGGCUCGUGUAGCGAAUGGUGGGGAUGGGGUUAAAUUUUCGAGGCGCCUCGAAAAUGCACACAAGGAAUGUGGUGUCCGAAAGUUCAGCAGUAUUGAUGGUUGGAAACCAGUAAUAUAAUUGGUAUGAUUUUUCUUGAUGGUAACACAAGGGUUGCAGGCUGCAAGGCAUGAGCUAGGCAGGUUCUGGGCACCAAGGAGGUGCCUAGCCGAAAGGCAUGGCAAGUAACCCGAAAUUGGAUACCAGUUCCAGUAGUCCUGAUGGUGUCCCUUACGGCUCCCAACGCAGCAACCAUUCUAACACUUCCAAUUUAGAAAGGUCUGGUGCCCGAGAUGGUCACGAUAAUCGUAUGCUAGUGCUAGGUUCAGGAGGUGCGGGGGCAGCUGUCAAUUCAUCUGGUGCUGGAGCAGGAAGUGGUAGUGAGCUUCCUCCAUUAUCUCAGGUGUUGUCUUUGACUACUCUGGCGCUAGGAGACCAGAAAGGUAGUCGGCAUCUGGAACUGAAGCGGGCGAUUAAUGCUGCCCUUGGUUCUCUUGCUUCAGAGGAUCCCCAAUUAGGAAACUUGCAGUCAAAACCUCUAGAGACUUUCGGAACUGACGAGCUGAAGCGAGUGAGGUCUAGUCUCGUGGAGCACAGCAAAUCGGCGAGGGAGAGAUCUAAACAUUUUUCCGAGGCAAUCGUCAAGCUGGAUCGGUUUCGGAGCACCCUCCAGUCUCGGAAGCGGUCGAGGCCCGAUCCGAGCAAUACAUCAUUGUCACAGCCGGCCUCAGCUGAACGUUCUCUUUCCUCUUUAGGGGUUGGAGAACGUUCAGUGGCUUCCGUUCAUACCAUGAAAGGAAAUACAAAUGCCCCCAAUCCACAUGUGGGUGGUUCCGAUGCCGGAAUGCCUAAGGGAGGAGACAGGAACAAGAGGGUGGUUCCCAACAAGAGGGUUCGGACGUCCAUGGCCGAUACUCGGCCCGACGGUCGUCCCACCAACGUGAAUCCGCAGAGACCAUCUGUCUUGACGGAUCGAGACAGAGAUGUCUCCAGGCCCAGUAGUUCUCUCACAUCACCUGCAGAGGAAAAAGAGCGGGCAGCUGCCCCUCCAAGUGAAGGAUGGGAGAAAACCAAGAUGAAGGGGAGGCGUUCAGGAACGAAGCCAGACGCUUCGGUUGCAGCUUUGGCGAAUGGGAACUCUGAAGGUGAUCGGGAGCAUAAGUGGAGUGGUCAGCAGCAUCGUGCAAAUUCUGAAAGUAGAUCAAGGCCAAGUGAGGGUCAUGGCUUUAGGUCAGGGCCCGUCCAUGGGAUCACUUCAGUUCACAAGUCCGAGAGCUCAGGGGUACAGUUCAAUGGUGUUGCGUCCCGUGGGACAAAUAAAAAUGAAAGAGAUAUUCCACAUGGCAGAGAGAUCCCAGAAAAGCCUGAGUCAACCCCGAAAUUGGAGCGUCCUCUAAAAGACAAUAAGCCUCCUUCUCGAGAAGAUUCUCAUCCGGCAAAUCCCACCGGAUUAACGAAGGCAAAGGCCGCCCGCGCCCCUCGGUCAAGUUCGAGUGCUGGAGGCGGUCCCGCACAUUUGGCUCGUAAUACUUCAUUUGGUGAUAAUCGUGAACGACAUGGUCCUCCACCCAAGGUGCAAGCACAAUUACCCUCUGCCGCAACAAAUAGAAAGAGACCCGCUCCUUCAAGGUCCUCCUCACCUCCGGCUCAGUGGGUUGGGCAGAGGCCACAAAAGAUGGCCCGUAUUGCCCGUCGGGUGAAUUUAAUGCCAGGCGCUGCUUUAGCUCGUGAAGAUCCACCAACUGCUGUUAGUGAAAGCCCAGCUAGUCGUGAUAACGGUGGAACCAAUGUGGGAGCGAGAUCCAAUCCGGGAAUGGCCUCUGGUUCAGGUGUUGCCAGGAGGGUGUCAGUUUCCAGUACACAUGGUCAUCCGCAAGCCAAACCUAAGGUAGGGGAUCGGGUUACAACGUCUGUGGGCUUGUCUGAAAGUGACGAGUCAGAAGAUGAUGGGGACAAAGUUAAGGAAAAAGCCAAGAAGCAAGGAGACUGGGAACAGAAAGCUACACCCCCUCCAACUAGUCAAAAGAUGGGAAAUUUGGUAGCUCCUGCCAAAAAAACCCGAGUGGUGGCUAAAGAAGAGGGCGGAGAUGGUGUACGGAGACAGGGACGCAGUGGUAGAGGUGCGGUUGCUCCGAGAACCAGCAUGGUGAAUCCCGUACUUGAAAAGGUGGAAGUUUCCGCAAAUGCGAAGCAGCUCAGGAGUGUGAGGGUUGGUCCUGAGAAACACGAUAGGCCUGGUCGUCCUCCUACUAAAAAGGAUACGGCUGCUGAUCGCAAAGUGGAGACCGCGGCGAGAAGGCCACGACGUCCAAUGGGAAAUGGAGUGUCUGAGGUUUCAGGCGAAUCAGAUGAUGAUCGAGAGGAGCUGCUGAACGCCGUGAAUAUGGCGAUAAAUGCCAGUGGACUCGCUUGCACAAAUGCCUUUUGGAAACAGAUGGAGCCAUACUUCGCUCAUUUGACACCAGCUGAUAUGCUGUCACUCCAUCAAUUGACAAAGGAUUUGGAGGAAGGAGACUCCGCAUUGCUUAUACCAGCGUGUGGGGAAUCUACUGGCAAGCCGGAGGGACAACGAAACAACACUCCACCUGUGUCUCCCAGCAUCGAUUCUGGUGGUGGCAGGUCAAUGUCCAUAGCUAAUGGCAGUAUAGAAUUAGAUGGUGUGAAGUUUGGGCACAGUUUCAAGGAGAAAUCUGAAGUAGGUAAAACAGCGAGGAAAGGGGUCAGUGGCCAGUGGUUUGAAAGGGUUCUUCCUCUUUCCCAAAGAUUGUUGGCUGCACUUAUAGGAGAGAGCGACAUUGAUGAAGAAGUCCGAAGAAGGGAUACUUUUCAUGAUCAUUCUCUGUACUCUAGAAGAGACCAGUCUCCGCAUGGCCUUGGGAGUACUAGUGAGAGUGAUCGUUUGGAUGGUGACUCUGAUGGUGAAACUGGAAGACAUGAUACUGAAAGAUGGAACACUGGUGGAAGGGAUAUCCUUCCCAAUGGUCACACCACUCGUAUCGCGCAUAAUCUACAUCGUGACGAGCUGGGUGGUGAUGAUGAGGAUAUUCUGUGGAAUUCCGAGGAUAACAUAGCGCCGGUUGUAAAGCAAGAGGUAGGUGAUGAUGGAAUAUUAUCUGGUAAGGAUGAACGUGGAAUUAGAUCUUCUGGGCCAUCUUCGAAUAUGACGGCUUGGGAGAUCCAUUAUCAGCGCAUGACUGUUGAUGAACGAAUAUUACUGGAACUUCAAACUAUUGGGAUCAACGUUGAACCACCGACUGAUCCUGCGCAGAGGGAAGACGAUGAAGUAUGCGAGGAGAUCCGGAAAAUGCAGCGUGAUCUUAGUGAUCAGGUGGCCAUCAACAAAGAUCGAAUUCAUACUUUGGAGAGGCACAUCCUUGCAAACAAGGAGAAGGAAGAAAUGGAUCGUGAGCGACUUGCGAUUGACAAGCUUGUAGAGAUUGCCUACUCAAAGCGAAUGGGUACUCGAGGUAGUUCUGGGGGUAAAAGUUCUGCUUCGAAGGGGGCAAAGGCAGCUAGUCUCGCGAUGGUCAAGAGGUUGUUAUUAAGAGUAAGAGGUUAUGAGGCAGGAAAGACGUGCUUCGAUGGAGCACUCAAGGACUUGCUCCUUGGUGUGGCUCCCAGGGAGGUAGAGAGCAGUGCUGUUGUCGUCGGUGUUCCUGAAGGCGUUACUCCGGCUUCCGCUCCUACUCCUGCGACCUCAUUGAAUUUGGAACCUGUUGCCUCGACUGCAGUACCACAGCCUCCCAAGCCGACAGCCUCUGUAUCCAGCGAAGGACCGGGAGGACGGUCUGUCGUGAGGAGGACUGAGGUGAAGUCUGAAAAGGAUGCAACCACAGAAGCCCGGCAGCAAACGAUGCCGUCAUCUGCGGAUCGAAGUAGAGGAAAGGAGGACGGAUGGCCUUUACGAGCUAAGGAAAGAGAGGUUUACCUGGAGGAUGUCGCUGGAGGUUCUGGAAUGCGCGAUGUGAAUGCCCUUGGAGCCAAUGUUCUCGCGGGGACUAAAGGAAAGAGGAGUGAGCGCGAGCGAGAUGGGAAAGGCCAUGGUAAGGAAAGUCACACCCGGAGUGACAGCUCAAAAGUAGCCCGUCAGACAGGAAUUGUAAAUGCGAAACCUGAACGGAAGACCAAAACCAAACCUAGACAAAAAACAGCUCCACUAUCUAAAGCCGUAAAUGGCUUACUCGCAAAGCCUACAGCUGAAUCAAAAGAUCGACCUGUGGCUCCUACUUCUACUCAACAAUUUGUUGGUCAGGUAAAGCCUAAGGACGAGGUUCCAGCUGCUGCACCUCCCCUCGCCAGCCACAAUAUUGUGCCUGAUUCCGAAGAAGCUGUGGAUCUAUCAAACAUACCUCUUCCGGGAAUAGAGGAUUUGGGUGGACAAGCCCCAGAUUUAGGUUCCUGGUUGCAAGAUUUUGAUGAAGAUGUAAAUCUGCACCAAGGAGAAUAUGUGAUGGGGUUGGAAGUCCCCAUGGAUGAUUUGUCAGAUCUAGGGAUGAUGUUGUGAAGGGGCCUGCACUAAACCAUACCACUUAGAAUGACUUCAUCUUGCUUCUAGAGCGGGUGUGCGAAGCUCUCACAAGUCAGCAACGGCUCCUCUGAGCUUAGGAGAUCAGGCAGAAGCAAAAUAAUGUCAUGGCCUUAUGUUUAUAGUGUAGGGAUUUGUACGGUAAUAUCUUUUACAGGAAAUUCUUUGGGGACAGCCUUACGGUAAUCGGUGAGGCAUCGCCGUUGAAAGCUGCAGGCAGUGUUGCAGUUCGUGGAGAGAAGACUAUUGAGAUGGUGUACCAGUCAGAUAUGGUUAUACCCUCUUUUGUAACAAAACUGAAAAUUUGUCUUCACCGUCACUUGUACAAGUGUGUUUUAGAUCCUUUUGAUUAUGGUAGGUAGGAGCAGGAGCAGCGGCAGCAGCAGCAUCAGUACCCUUUUAGAGGGUUUGUCAAUCAAUUGUCAGGUGUUAGAAUAGCUCCUAACAUUCUAUUCCACAUCAUCAAUAAUUGCUGCACAUUACCUGUAAUUGUUUCUCAUUCUGUCUUCGUUCAAGGUACGUGUUUCUAUUUAUAUUGGGAUUUACAACUUGUGUUCUUAUUGUGG